AUGAAUUUUAAGAACGUUGCUUCAGCUAAGGGCAAACAAGGUUUGUCAAAAACUAAUGUUCUUACUGAGAAAACUUGUGAAAAACUUUCUAAUGUUGAGUUAUUGAAACGUGAAGGGAUUCUUAUUGAUGUAGAACCUGAAUACUGUGAUAAAAAAAUGCCGGGAACUGCUGGAAAAGCUGUUAAAGUUUUUACAAAUUAUUUUGGAAUAAAACCAACAAAUACUGAUGGAGUAAAAGUUUUUCAAUAUGAAAUUGAAAUAACAAAAGUUUUGAACACUGGAAAAUCUAUUGUAAUAAACAAAAGCAAUGAUUCUUCAAAAAUCAAUGAUUAUCUUGAACAAGAAUCAAGAAAGAAGUUGGUUACUUUAUGGCCAGCUUUUCAAAAAGUUUUAGAAAAGUACAAUAUUGCUAGGGCUGAGUCAUCCAUAACUGACUUCAAAAGAAUUCUUUACAUUUUGGAUCCAAUUCAUCUUCAGUUUGUAACUGAUGAUAAGCCAAAAGAAUUUUUUACCUUAUCUUUAGAAAAUUCUGAAUUUCCAGAAGCUCUUGCAAAUUCUGAUUUGUUGAACGGAGUUAGCAAGUUGGAAUAUAAGAUUCGGUACACAACUGAAUUUGAUGCAAUGGAAUGUAUCUUUUCUGACAAUUUAACCGAAAAUAUUGGAGUCCAAUACUUUUCUUUACUUCUGUCAAUGAAGGUUUCUUUAGAAAAAGAAAAUUUUGUUUUCUAUGAAAAUGGAAAACAAUUUUUAACAAAUCCGGAAAAAUAUGGUUUCAAUGGAGUUGAUUCUCUAAAGAUUCCUGGUGGAAAAAAAGUUGGAAUUGGUUCACAAAAAACCAUCAAGCUUAUUUCCGGAAAUGGAAAAGAAGCUGGUGUUGCAUUAGCAAUAGAUGUAAAGAAAACUGCUUUCCAUGAAUCAAUUCUUUUAUCAAAAAAAUUUGAAGAUUUAUUAUCUACAUCUAGAGCAUGCCAUUGCAUUCAUUUAAAAAACCAAGUUAUUAUUAUUCAUGAUUUCACAACAGAAUCAGCCUCAAAGAAAAUUAUUGAAGUAGAUGGAAAGAAAAUUUCAGUUGCCGAUUAUUUUAAAAAGAAAUACAAUAUUCAUUUAAAAAAUCCAGAUUAUCCUUUGGUUGUUCAAAAAAAAAUUUUCAAGGGUAUCAAAGGAUACUGUUUUUAUCCAAUGGAGUUACUGAAGAUUUGUGAAUACCAGCGGGUAAGAAAAAAUGGUCAAACUCCAGAACAAAUUUCUGCUAUGAUUCGUGAAUGUGCAACUGCACCUCAUAAAAGAUUAUCUGAAAUACAUAAUCUUUUUUCUGUUUUACAAUUAGUUGGAAACGAAUACCUUAAAGAAGCAAAAUUUUCAGUUGACAAAGCAUUUAUGGCUACUUCUGGCAGAAUAUUAAAGGCUCCAACAGUUGUUCUUGGUAACAACAAAACAAUGGAAAUUUCUAAUGAAAAUGGUAAUUGGGAAAUGGCUCGAAACAGUUCAUUUAAUAUGCCUUCAUCAAUUGACAAUUGGUGUGCUGUUCUUCUUCAAUCCAAUGGAAAAUUCGAUUUACAAGAAAAAAUGGCAAAUGAGUUUAUAAAGAAAUAUGUUCAAUGUGCAAGAACAUAUGGUGUAAAAAUUUCUGAUUGUGCAGAAAUUUGUAAAUGCCCAGCCAAUGAACGUGAUCUUAAGAGUCUUUUUGACUACAUGAAAAAAUACAAGACUAAAUUUGCUCUAUUCAUGUCUCCUGAUAAUGUAACCAAUUUACAUAAUUCAAUUAAGUUGUAUGAAAGACAAUAUGAAAUCACUACACAAGACCUCAAACAAAGUACAGUCAAGAAAGUUAUUGAAAGGAAUCAAAUACGAACUUUGGGAAAUAUUAUCUUGAAGAGUAAUGUUAAAAAAGGAGGUCAUAAUUAUGACUUAAAGAAUACCAUCAAACCAGACAGAAUGAUUAUUGGAAUUGGCUUCAAUCACACAAAAACUGGAGAAACAGAUACUUUAUCUGUAGUUGGUUAUGCUGCAAACACUAGAAAGAUUACAACUGAUUUUGCUGGUGACUUUCAAUACAUUCAAUUUUCACGCGAUGGGCAAAUUGAAUUAUAUGACAAGAUAAUUGAAAACACCGUAAAAAAUUUUAAAGUUUCUCGAAAUGGAGCUCCAAGGGAGAUUAUUAUAUAUAGAACUUCUGGUAGUGAGGGAAAAUACAACGACUAUUGUAUUUAUGAGAUACCAUACAUCAAAGCCAAAAUUAAGCAAAAUGCUCCUGGAUGUAAAUUGGCUUUUAUUGUUGUUGAAAAGGCUCAUAAUGUUAGACUUUUCAAAGAAAAAAUUAAUCCAAACGAUAAAGCACCAUCACAAAAUGUUACACCAGGCUCAGUUGUUGAUAGUGGAAUCACAAAUCCAAAAUUGUGUGAAUUCUAUCUUAGUUCACAUUCUGGCCUUCAAGGAACUGUUAAAGUUCCUAGAUACGUUCUUCUUUAUGAUGAAUUGAAAAUGGAUAUGAAUGAAUUAGAAGGUUUGACUAAUUCAUUGGCUUAUGAUUAUCAAAUUGUAACUUUACCUGUUAGUAUUCCGGCUCCUGUAUACAUUGCUAAUCAAUAUGCUGAACGUGGUAGAAAUAUACUCAAUGCCAAUAAUCACCGUUAUGGUCAAAAAGAAAUCAUCAGUAAUGAAGAUUCAGCUAACGCAGCUUUAUCUUAUGCUACUACAGUUUUCAACAACAUUCGUGUUAACGCAUAA